CUCCCGCCCAACCUCAGCUCCCUCUGGCUUUGCCACGCUUCUUCCUUCCCCGCCUUCCUUGACUCCCCGACUACACUGGUUCCUGUGGCCAUCCCGCAGCUCCAGUCCAGGUGCCAUGGCUGCUAUGUACCUCCCCGGCCUGCGGCUUAGCUGGCACGGGCUGAGGCCCUGGUGCCGGUCACCAUGCCGUAGCAUCCAAACCCUGCGCGUGCUCAGUGGAGAUCUGAGCCAGCUGCCGGCUGGGGUUCGAGACUUUGUGGAGCGCAGUGCCCAUCUGUGCCAACCAGCAGGCGUCCAUAUUUGUGAUGGGACUGAGGCUGAGAACGCUGCCACACUGGCCCUGCUGGAAGAGCAGGGUCUUAUCCGGAAGCUCCCCAAGUAUGAGAACUGCUGGCUGGCCCGCACAGACCCCAAGGAUGUGGCCCGGGUAGAAAGCAAGACGGUGAUUGUAACUUCUUCGCAGCGGGACACAGUGCCUCUCCUGGCUGGUGGGGCCAGUGGGCAGCUGGGCAACUGGAUGUCCCCAGAUGAGUUCCAGAGAGCUGUGGACCAGAGAUUCCCAGGAUGCAUGCAGGGCCGCACCAUGUAUGUGCUUCCGUUCAGCAUGGGUCCCUUGGGCUCCCCGCUCUCCCGCAUUGGAGUGCAGCUCACUGACUCGCCUUAUGUAGUGGCAAGCAUGCGGAUUAUGACCCGCCUGGGGACACAUGUACUCCAGGCCCUGGGAGAUGGUGACUUCAUCAAGUGUCUGCAUUCGGUGGGCCAGCCCCUGACUGGACAUGGGGAUCCUGUGGGCCGAUGGCCAUGCAAUCCGGAAAAAACCCUGAUUGGCCACGUGCCGGAGCAGCGGGAGAUCGUCUCCUUCGGCAGCGGCUAUGGUGGGAACUCCUUGCUGGGCAAGAAGUGUUUUGCCCUGCGCAUCGCCUCUCGCCUGGCCAGGGAUGAGGGCUGGCUGGCAGAACACAUGCUGAUUUUGGGCAUCACCAACCCCGCAGGGAAAAAGCGCUAUGUGGCAGCUGCUUUCCCCAGUGCCUGUGGCAAGACCAAUCUGGCCAUGAUGCGGCCUGCUUUGCCAGGCUGGAAAGUGGAGUGUGUGGGGGAUGACAUCGCCUGGAUGAGGUUUGACAGUGAAGGUCAACUCCGGGCCAUCAACCCUGAGAAUGGCUUCUUCGGGGUGGCCCCUGGUACCUCUGCCACCACCAAUCCCAAUGCCAUGGCCACAAUCCAGAGUAACACUGUCUUCACCAAUGUGGCUGAGACCAGUGAUGGCGGUGUGUACUGGGAAGGCAUUGACCAGCCUCUUCCACCUGGUGUCACCGUAACCUCCUGGCUGGGAAAGCCAUGGAAACCUGGGGACAAGGAACCCUGUGCGCAUCCAAACUCUCGCUUUUGUGUCCCGGCUCGCCAGUGCCCCAUCAUGGACCCAGCCUGGGAGGCACCAGAAGGUGUUCCUAUUGAUGCCAUCAUCUUCGGAGGCCGCAGACCCAAAGGGGUACCACUGGUGUACGAGGCCUUCAGUUGGCGCCAUGGGGUGUUUGUCGGUAGCGCCAUGCGCUCUGAGUCCACUGCAGCUGCUGAACACAAGGGAAAGACCAUUAUGCACGAUCCCUUUGCCAUGCGACCUUUUUUUGGCUAUAACUUUGGACACUACCUGGAACACUGGUUGAGCAUGGAGGGACAAAAAGGUGCCCGGCUGCCUCGUAUCUUCCAUGUCAACUGGUUCCGGAGAGAUGAAGCAGGCCGCUUCCUGUGGCCAGGCUUUGGGGAAAACGCUCGCGUGCUAGACUGGAUCUGCCGAAGAUUAGGAGGAGAAGACAGUGCCCGAGAGACUCCCAUUGGGCUCGUACCAAAGGAAGGAGCCCUGGAUCUCAGUGGCCUCCGAGCAAUAGACACCAGUCAGCUGUUCUCCAUCCCCAAGGACUUCUGGGAACAGGAGGUUCGUGAUAUUAGGAGCUACCUGACAGAGCAAGUCAACCAGGAUCUGCCCAAGGAGGUGUUGGCUGAGCUCGAGGCCCUGGAAGAGCGCGUGCAAAAAAUGUGACCUGAGGCCUUAGGCUAGCAAGAGCACAGCACCCCCAUCUGGGUAGAGGAUCCCCAGGCUCACAGAAAACGUGGACAAUUUGACAUUAAAAUGUGUGAGUGUUGGGAGGCCAAGCCACAGACCUCCUCCCAUGCUGUCCGAUAAGAGAUGCACACUUUGCUACACGUGUGUUGUUUUUACUUCCCAUUUGUCCUCGCGGGCUUCCUUCUUGUCGGUCUCGAUGCUGGCUCACACAGUAGGAACUUCUGGAAGAAGGCAUUGUUCUUCUGAAGAAACAUAACCUGGUAUGGUGGUGCAUACCUUUUUUAAUCCCAGAGGCAGCCGGACCCCUGGGAGUUUGUGUCCAGCCUGCCUGGUCUAUAUAACAAGUACCAGGUCAGCCGGGGCUAUAUAAGUAAAACCCAGUCCCCCACACACGCCAAAAAAAAACCAAAA